UGCGUGUUGUGAGGGGUCUGUGUGUGUCCCGCUACCUGGGCAGGGAGGCUGGGUUGUCCUCGGGCCGCGAUGGCCAGGGACCUGAUCGGCCCCGCGCUGCCCCCGGGCUUCAACGCCCGAGGGACUGCGGAGGAAGAGCCGGACCUGAGUCCUGUUGCAGGACCAGCACUGCCCCCCAACUAUAAGAGCAGUAGUUCAGACUCGUCAUCCAGUGAUGAAGACAGUGAUUCUCCUUUGCCACACCAAGGGGGAAAGGAAGAUUCUGAAGAGGAACGUGAUGCUGGUCCAACCCCAAGAAAACAGAGAAGAAAUCAAAAUGAAGAAGAAGAUGAUGAUGAUGAUGGCUUUUUUGGGCCAGCUCUUCCUCCUGGAUUUAAAAAACAGGAUGAUUCUCCACAGAGGCCAAUCAUAGGUCCUGCAUUGCCACCUGGUUUUAAUAACCGAGCACAGAAGGCUGGGGAAAACAGAGAUGACCUAGGAGUACCAGUGUCAUCAUCUUUCAACUCUGAGGGAACUGAGAGUAGUGAAGAUGAAGAGGCCGUCAUUGGACCAAUGCCUACAAAAGGACCAGUUGAUUAUAGUGUGACUAAAGAAUUUGAACGGAGAGCUCAAAGAAUGAAAGAAAAACUCACUAAAGGAGACGACGAUGGGUCCAGACCAGUUACAAGGGAAUCAUGGAUGACUGAGCUCCCUCCAGAACUGAAAGGUUUUGGCCUUGGCCCAAGAACUUUCAAGAGAAGAGCUGAUGACAAAUCUGGCGAUCGAUCGGUUUGGACGGAUACUCCGGCCGACAAAGAAAGAAAAGCUAAAGAGGCACAGGAAGCAAAGAAGCAAACCGGUAAAAGUGAGGAGGAACGUAUAUUAUCAGGAAGGGAUAGGAGAUUGGCUGAACAGGUGUCUUUAUACAAUGAUUCAAAAAGAUCAGAAUCUCUUAUGGACAUACAUCACAAAAAGUUAAAGAACAAGACAGCUGAAGAGAAAAAUAAACCCCAAGAGAGAAGGCCAUUUGACCGUGAUCAGGAUCUCAAAGUCAACCGUUUUGAUGAAGCCCAGAAGAAAGCUCUGAUUAAGAAAUCUAGAGAACUAAACAGCCGCUUUUCACAUGGCAAAGGCAACAUGUUUUUAUGAUUCUGUUUUUAGAGUCUCUUCUUUCAUACUCAAGUAAAUCUACAAAUCCUACAUUAUCUCUUGUGGCCUUUAAAAUGUGAAAGCAGAAGAAAAUAAUGGUCCAAAUGUAGAAUCCAAUACAGCACCUGACCUCUCCGGCUUCUUGGGAUGGACUUUUCUAUAAAUAAUUAUUAUGAGCUUUUCAUCUCAUCAUUAUUUUAUUAUGCCAUAAAAGCUUAACGACCGCUGGGUGUUGCUGUGAAAUCUGUGAAGGUUUAAAGCUGUGCCCAGACCCUUGGGACCAACACCCCGUAUGGUGACUGAUCCCUUCACAUGCUCUGACCACAGGUUGUGCCUGCCUGAUUCAGUCCACCCUGGGAUCAAUGUGUGAAGGAAACAUUUGCACUCGGUCCUCUAACCUAAGACUUAGGGACAUUUCCCUCUAAACAGCUGCCUGCGCCAGUAAUCACUUCUAAGUAAAAUUAUUAUUGUUUUUGUUUUUAACAGAAAUAAGGCCUGUAAUAUUUACUUGGAGGUAAGGAGAACAAUCGCUUUUUCAUUCAGGUCUUAGACAAAGCUGUAUUCAUCUUUUGGUUUUGUUAGGGGGUAAGUUUGUAUAGUUUGUUCAUGAACAUUUAAAAGAGCAGUCAUGGAUGCCAUUUUAUUUACCGAUGGCUAAAUCCCCUGAAUAAGAGAACCAUAAAUGGGAAAUUCAUGCAACCUUUAAUUUCAGCUGCCCAUAUGAAGGUAUUAAGAUAACUUGUUAGUGCUUUAAACAAUUUUCCUUACUAUGUUAGACAUAAAACUCCAAUUUCAGAUGCAAAUUCCAUUACUCAUAUUUAACAAAUUAAUCACAUUUGUUCCACUGCUUCUUUGUUCUGGUUUGGGAAAAGCAUGUGGGGCUAACAUCAGCAAUGGGAAAACUAAUUUUUAUUGAAAACUCCAUUUUGGCUUUUCACCGCCUUACAUAAAUGGAAUGAACUGUUAGGUCACAUCAUCGCACAAAUGGCCCUCUCUCUCCUUCUCUCUUUCUCUUUCUCUCUCUCUCUCUCUCUCUCUCUCUCUCUGGUGUUGUCUUUCCUAACACUCACAAAUGUAAAUAGUAGCUUACUCAAGAUGAAUUACCACUUUCUAAAACAGAGUGAACAAGCAGUUUCACUGAAAUGUCACUAAUCAAAGAUUAACUUCACUUUGGAAAAAAAAGACUGCACAAUGAUGCAGAGCGCAACAUUUUCUUCUUUCCAUCUUCUAGAACACCGAGGCUUCCUUGUUCUUCUUUUACUUUUGUCUUUAAAAAUAUUUCACCAAGGUAAGCCAGAAAUAUUUUUAAUAGGGUCUUUAUGUACAGCUGUCUUUUUUCAGGAAUUCUGAAGAUGGCCAUCAUGAAAUUUUAGAGCUUUAUUAUUGUUUGAAGCCAAAAUUUUAUCUUCACUUUUUUGUUACUUCUUUCAUAGGCAUAUUCUUUACUGGCAGGAAAACUGAGUUCAAAGUUAAGAAUCAAAGAUUCCCAGCCCCGCUCUUAGCACACUGAGUCAUUCAACUUUUCUUUUGCAAAACGUUGCUUAUUAAACAUUAGAUAUACUAUGACUAAUAAAAUAUUUUAGAUUUUAGGGUGACCUUUCUGCACAAAGCUCUUUCUUACGGUUACCGUUACUUCUCUUUGUGCUGGGGAGCACACGUCGCCUACCCCAGACCCAAAGGGAGGCUGUGCUUCCUACAUUUGUGUGUUUUGAAGUGUUCACUUACCUUGACACACUAGAGCCAGCAAGUUGUUCUGUCCCACCUUUAACGACAGUUUAAGAAGCAUAGGAGCAACUAUGAUUUCCUCAGGGUUGGUACUCCUGCCGCUAAGGCUGAUGGCCGUUCUUCUGGUCUUUGGGAGUUCCUAUGGUCAACCAGAUGUGGAGCCAGCCUCUCUAAACUUAGCCAAACCAGUCCUGCAAUAAAAGCUGCACAGACUGUUGCCAGAAGCCCAGAAAAUGAAUGGAGAUGCAGAGAAGGAAAGCGUUCUUCCUGUUGUUCAGCCCUGCAGAAGGCUUAUUGAAAUCCAGUCUCUGAUACCAUGUCAGAGAUUUGGGCUUACCUGCACAUUAAAAGUUAAGUUUAGGGGACUUUCAACCGAAAAAGAGCCUUGAUCAAUGGAAUGUACAGGAAGUAUUUUAAUAUUCUCUCCUGUUGAAAUUAGCAUUUCACAUUGUCCCAGGGAACAUCUGACAUUGUCCAUAAAGCCAUCCCUUUAAAUUGUGGGAAAAGCUGAUAAGUCAUAUCGAUUCAGAUAUUCAUAGUGGUAUCUAGGAUAUAGGUAAGUAAAGGGUUGUAUGUGUAUAAACUUUUUUCUGGACUAAAAAGUAUAUGAUGCAGGUAUAGAUAAUAAUGUCGUUUUUGUUAGAUAAACCAAACCCUUGUGAGUUUUAUGCUUGUACCUCUGGACUAGUCAUUGCCUUCCAAAUACCCAUCUAACUAACAUUUUUGAUCAUUGUCUGGCUUUGACGAUUGUCAAAUGGUAGCGUUUUGGGAAUUGCUGUGUGGACUUUGUUGAGACUAGUUGAUAGAAGUUUAUCUGUUAUUAAUACCAUAGGGCCUCAAAAUUGAUCAGGACUUUUUAUAUGAGCCAUUUGACUGUAAAAAUGUUGCAGCAUUAAUACAAUGUCUUUUUUUUUUGACAAAGCUGCUAAUUGUCACGAAUAACACUUAUUUAAGAGU